UUCCUGAACCUCAAUAGCGCUUCAUCUUCUUUCUUUUUAUCAGCUACCGACAUCUCAUGACCCCCUUUCUUCUUCUUUCUAUCGGCCGCCAUACAGUAAGAAUAUACGCUUUCCAGCAAAUCCAUCUCUUCACUUCUCAUAACGCUUGUCAAACAGUUAGUAGGCUAAGUUUUUGAUAACAUUUGAGUUCUACGGCAUCGCCUACAUCGAUAUAAUCAGAGCAAAUUUGAGUUUGUUCCUCCAAUAAAUGAACUAACACGAGAAAUGAUAAAAUCUGAGUUGAAUGAGAAGUGGAGGCAGUGGAAGGGUGAUCUAAAGGCAAUGGCAUAUGAUCCGAGUAAAACAGAAGAAGAAGUUGCAUCAACAAUACCUGAUAGUAGGGUUGACAAAGAUCAAUAUCGUGAGUUGGUUCAUUAUUGGUUCUCCGAUGAUGGACAAAAAAUAAGUAAAAUUAAUAAGCAAAAUCGUGCCAAGUUUGAAGAUGUCCAUUGCAUGGGUACAAAAAGUCUCCCAAAAUUUAUUGAUGAAAAGAUGAAAAAGAGCAAAGGAGUGUUACCUAAUCGUCAAGAGAUUUAUGUCGAAACUCGAACUCGUAAAGAUGGAUCAAUUGUCAAUGAAAAAGCUGCAAAAUUGAUUGAAGAUCUAAACAAGUAUAAUAAUGAGGUUGGGCCAUCUCAAUCAACCCAAAAUAUGCAAGGUUCUAUGCCUUGGAAGGAUGAUACAUUUUCUAAAGUACAAGGAGCUGCAAAGAAGGGACGUGUGCGGUGUAUGGGCAAGUUUCCUAAAUCUAAAAAAUCAAAGGUUUAUGUGUCUGAAAAUGAAGAGUUACGUGAUAGAGUUAAGCAUAUGGAGGGUUUGUUAGCAAAUGUCAUUACCUUAAUUCAAAAUAAAUUUUCUGGACAAGAUGUGAAUGACAUCAUACAAGCAGCUAGCCAGUUUCCUGAUGCUUCUAGUGCUCAUAACCAUUUGAACUCUCCAAGUCAAGACAAUAAUGAAGAUCAUGAAAAUGGUGAGGAUUAAAAGUUAUAAUGGGAGACUUGAUAAACACUUGAAGAUGAAAGUCAAAGGCUAUGAAGUGGACACAAUUUUUUGUUUGUUUCGAACUUGUAUGCUUAUUUUAUGACUAUAGAAUUAUCUUUUUUGUUAUUAGUAUAAUUCUCUAGUACUUUAAAUUGACAAGAUACAACUAUUAUUAAUAUUA